AUGGAUUUUUGUAGAUGGUUAAGAUCGCGAAAUGGUCGUUUUGAUGAAGCAGCUGAUGCGCUAAAGAAGCAUUUAAUUUUCCGGAAAGCAUGGAAUUUAAACAAUAUUGAUCAAUGGAAUGCACCUGAGAUAUUGGAGAAAUAUUGUGGAUACGGUUUUCUUUCAGACAAAGAAGGAUUACCAGUACUUAUGUCUUUACUCGGUAAUAUGGAUGUUGAAGGUAUAAUAAAGUCAGUUCAAGCGAGCGAUUAUAUAAAAUAUUCUUUAGCAGCGAUCGAGAAGGGUAUUCAGUUGUGCAGUGAAAAAUCGAAAGAGACUGGUCGAGCAUUUGAACAAAUGAUAUUAAUAUUUGACCUAGACCACAUGAGUAGUGCACAUUAUAUGUGUAAAUCAUUCGCUUCAUCGUUCACAACACUUGUUCUAUUAUUUCAAGAGCAUUAUCCAUUGGUACUGAAAAAAAUUUUAAUAAUUCGAGCACCUGAAAUGGCACGAGUCGCUUUUAAUGCAAUGACACCUUUUUUGAACGAUAUCAUUCAGAGAGAUACGCGUCAGUCAAUUCGUGUGAUGGAAUUAAUCGAGAUGCCAUCAAUUGAUGAAUGGCAAGCAGUGCUCAAAGAAUACAUAGAACUGGAUUCAUGGCCAGUUCACUGGGGUGGCAAUUUGUGCGAUGAAAACGGUGAUCCGAAAUGUCCUUCAAAAAUACGAUAUGGACUUGGACCUGUGCCCGAUUCAUACUAUGUUGAUACGGAAAAAGCGAUGCCAGAAUAUGAUCAAUUAACGACGGUAUACGCUGGAGAAAAACAUUUAAUAGAGAUCAAGGUCGAGGCGAACACAACAAUCAGUUGGCAAUACAUGACAUCCGAAGAGGAUAUAGGGUUCGCAAUUCGCUACGAUGGUACAGGAAACGCCAACAAUUUAACUGAAAUGGAAACCAUUUUCCCUUACAUCAGACUUGAAUGUUCACAGGUAGCAUGCACGGGUUCGCUAUUAUGUGAAAAGGCAGGAAGAUAUAUAAUCGAAUUUGACAAUUAUUAUUCGUGGUUCUCAGCUAAACAACUUCGUUACAAUAUCGAAAUCGACUAG